AUACAUGUAUUUAUGGAUGUUGAAGUUGGAUCUCAAGUGGGACACCCACCUCCUCCAAAUGCAGUAGUAGGUGAAAAUGAUUGUGGUGAAACUGUUCCUAAGGUUAAUGAGGGUCAUACUAAAAUUGAAGUUGAAAAUUUUGAAGGUGAUAUUGAUGAUGUUAUACAAAAAGAUGCAAAUCAAAUGCAAGGGAUAUAA